CUGGAUAACUAUCAACAUGUUCGAUGUCUGUCGGGUUGCAAUCUUGUCCAUCACUCCUCUCACCACGCUGGCACGCACAAGGACAAGGAUUGGAUGGCGCAUCUUUGCAGCUCAUCCAACAGCGUGCACCUAGCCCGCGCACUCAAAGGUCCCGUCUUUCGCAAAUUGCGUCGACGAGCCGAUUGCGCGCAAGAUGCGGGUGAAGAGGUGGUGUUGAAGUGCCUGACGGUAUGGCAACAUCCCGAAUUCGUUGAUGCGGACAAGAGGAGGAGCACAUGGAUGGCGCUCAGAGAGGCAGAGAUUUGCAGGAUGCUGAGCGGGUGCGAUGGAGUCUUGCCGCUCUUGGAUUGCUUUGUGGCUGCCAUACCUCAGCAGCAGCAGCAGCAGCAUGGGCCAGGAAGAGGUGGGCAGAAGAGGAUGGGACAAGGCGCAAAGGGAGCGACACGGCUCGAUCUGGACCCGCACCCCCUCCAUCUCGACCUCUCGCAGGAGAAAUGCCUCCUCGUCCUCGUCUUUCCCUACAUGUCCUCCGGCACACUCGCAGAUGUUCUUCGACGCGUUCAGCAUCCUCACUCGCAGCACAUCAGCUCCAGCUUCAGCUCCGGUGCGGCUUGCUCCAGCAGCUCAGUCAAAGAGGCUAGAGGUGGUAGGGAAUGGAGGAGGGUGAUGAAGGAGGAGGAAGUUGCGGGUGUGAUUGCUCGACUGGUUGGAGCGCUGUCGCAUGCCCAGAAGAGGAACAUCGUGCAUCGGGAUCUGAAGGCUGAAAAUGUCUUAGUGGAUGAUGAUGGACAAGUGUGGCUCGCGGAUUGGGGUCUGGCUACUUUUGUUGAGCUGACAGGCACGGGUGAAGCACAGCCGCACAGUGAGGGUAGUGCGAAGAGCAAAGGAAAGGGCAAAGCCAAAGCGGUGGAAGAGCAAUGGCACUGGCACUCUCUGGGCGGGGAGGACGAUACAUUUUGCGGCACGCCAGCCUAUCUCAGUCCGGAAACGGCAACUUCGAGAAGAACAAGUCACGCGUCUGAUGUGUGGGCUUUGGGCUGCUUGGCCGUCUUGCUCCUUACUGGCGCACCAGCUUUUCCAGCCGUGCGAUCUCCUCGCGCACAAGUACAUUUCGCAUCCCAACUCGAUGCUCGCAGCACCGGCCACGACGGCGGCCAGAGCGACGAGACUAGCUUUACCAGCGAGGGGAAUUCGAGCGAAACCAAGAUGCCACCUCUUCCGCCACCACCGCGGCGGCGGCGGCCAGAUGCGUCUGCGUCUGCGUCGACCUCGGCGAGGAGAGCGGCGAGGGAUUUGUUGGAUAGGAUAGCCGUGGGAGAUUGGGAUUGUUCGAGGAUGGAGAUGAUGAGGAGAAAAAUCAGCAAGGCUUGUUUGAGGGUGGUCCAGGGCAUGUUGGAGGUGGAUGAGGGGAAGCGGUGGACUGCUCGACAGGUCGGGGAUAGUGCUUGGCUUAGACGCUUUGGAGUUGCGCAGGAACAACAGCAGCAGCAGCAGCAGGAGCAGCAGGAGCAAGACGAGCAUGUAGAAGCUGAAGCGAUGCAGGAGGAGAUUCUGCUGCGCGACGCGAGCUUGAUCGAUGAGCGCAAACGUGGUGUAUCUGGACACUGGAGCGUGAGAAAGGUUAGGAGCGACGAAGCGCAAAGCAUUCUCGACAAGCACCAGCCCAACGAUUCUGCAACGUCAAAAUUUGCGACGCCGAGAGCCAGCAGAUCAAGAUUCAGCGGCCGGUCCGAUUCUCUAAGCUCAAACGAUUUGCCGAGCUCGCAGGGCGCAACUGGCCGUACUGUGCAGGGCGUCCCCGCAGAUCGAGCGCCCACGCACAUGCGAGAGAUGAAGGGACAAGUUCGGAGCGCUGCGACGUCUCCGUGGGCCACGGUGAGAGCGCGUUCUGGCGCAUCUCGCACGUCUACGUCCUGCUCCUCUUCAAAGGCCGCGACGUCGACCUCGGGCGUACCCUCCACCUCUACCUCCGCCUCUGAUCGCCAUUCUCUUUCUCACGUCAACUCUGGCCAGAGCACCUCAACACCACGAACAGCACGGAGCCGAACAGGCGGCAAAGAAAAGCGCGGCGCAGAGAUGAGCGCGCGAUCUACGCUCUCUUUGAGAUCUGCGCUGCAAAGCUUGAGCAGAAGCGAAGAGAUGGACAGGCUCGUAUCUACUUUGAUCGAUGACGAGGAGGAGGAGCAGGAGGAGGAGGAGAGUGGCAAAGAAGAGACGACAUGGGAAGCGAGACGUGGGCUGAAUGGCAGAGGUCGGUUGGGAGGCGAACGCGUUCGAAGAGCUAGAUUCGAGUUGGGCGAAGGCGGAGGGAUGCGGAAAGAGGAGGGCACGCAGCCUGUCAGGACACCAUUUGGAGUGCUAAGGAUGAACGUGCAAUCGGCAGUGCGUAGCGACUCAUCCGUCGCAACGAUCGGAUUGCCUACACAGCAGACAAGGAAUAGUCCCAAGGAGCAAGCAAAGGAGGUGAUUGAGGCGCAAUGCGAUGUGUCAGAGUCAGGCUUGAGGGACCCUUUGCAUCGUGCAGAGAUGCUUGUCGAGCACGAGGGAGCAACGCGAAGGAGCAACACUCCGCAGCUGGUCGAUAGCUCGUCCAAGGCGCCCAGCAUACACGAAAAUGCACGUGGAGCACAUCCAGCGACGCGAUUGCACAAAACCUUGCCGGCCUCUCGCUCUCGCUCUCGAAGCCCUACACCUGCUCAAAGCCAAAAGCCAAGCGGCAGAGCGGACUGCGCAGGAACGUUUGGUCUGCCGCCCAUCAAACAGCGAACUCGCUUUGGUCGCAUCGAGAUCACCAGGAGCGGCAACGUGAGCGUCAGACUCGUCGCUUCUACACAGCGGCUGGUCGAUCUCGAUGAGGUUUGGCGGGAUGUGCGGGUGUGUGGUGCUUUGCAAAGUCGGAGCUCCUCCAAAGACGCAGCAGCCAACGCUAUGCUAGAGCUGUGCCUUUCUAAAGAUCUUCGCUUCUGGUCCGUCAAGGCCCUACACGAGAGGCAAGAUGCAAAGUCCUCUUCAGCCUGCGCUCAGCCUGAAGCAGAGCGGGAGGUGGAAGCGAUGCCCAAGACGCUGGAACCGGUCUAUGAGCAUGCGCGACGUUGGCUCGCUCGUCUGCGAAGAAGGACAAGUCUGGCAGCAUUCAUCGUCCCGCCAUCCACCGUUCCGCUUCUUUGUCGCAGAGACGCCGAUGGCAAUGCGAGCGGGAGAGCAGACGAAGCAUUGCGAUUGGGCGCGGGAACUUGUACGAUCAUGUGCAAUUUGCCUUUUCCGGACUACGAGGUACGUUGGAGCUUGUCCGUCCGACACGUGCGCAGAGAGCAAGAUGAUGCGCGAUCGCAGCAGCAGCAGCAGCGACGGGAUGAUGGGAGCGAGGUGGAAAUGGCGUAUGCUGGUCGAAUCAUCGUUCAGGUCCUUCGUAGCUCGCAGCAACUCAUCCUGAGCAGGGAACAACAUCCUUCUGCUGCUGCUCCUUCUUCCACGCAAGCACAUUCCUCGGGCACUUGGACAAAACAUCUCGUCCCCCUGCUGCUGCUGCCGCUGCUUCCUUCUUCUUCUUCGGAUGUAGAAGCGCAAGAAGAAGAGGAGGUCAUCAGCAUCGAUGCAUCUUCUCCCAUCAUUGCUGAUUUGGCUUCGAUCGAAAAGGCCGCUCUUUGCGUCGCUGUUGCUUGCUCGGACUCGGUCAAGAACGUCGCUAGAGGCGCGCUGUCCAGCCGCUCCUCAAGCAUCCUAUGACCCCUCCACGAUCCUCGACAGGCUUGCUGCAUUCUGAUCGCAACGUAUCUCAAUCUUCAUUAUCAAUGCUACAUGCGCCACUUGCACUGCUAUCCCCCCUCAAACCUCCGUCACGUUGGUCU